GGGGGGGGGGGGGCCCGGCGGCUCGCCCGCACCGUGGUGCGGCUCAGCGACUGCACCAGCGUGGCCCCGGUGGGCGAGAGCGGCCCCCGAGCCGGCACCGCCACUUUCCGCCUGGAGACCCGCGACCGCAGCUUCCUCUUCGCGGCGGAGAAGCAGCAGAGUGAGGAGUGGGUGGCGAAGCUGUGCCAGAUCGCCUUCCCGGGAAAUGGCCCCAGCGAUGGCGUGGUGUCACCGUAUGGCCGAGAGGGCAGCGGGGACUCGUCGGCCCUGGAGAUGGCCGUGAACUCCAUCUACUACUCCAGAGAUGAAGUGAACACUUUCUGGGUGACAGUGCAGAGGACUGAGGCUGCAGAGCGCUGUGAGCUGCGUGGCUCCUACGUGCUGAAGGCUGAGCGUGACAGCCUCGUGCUGAAGGACCCACGGACAGACAGGAUCCUCUACGUCUGGCCCUACCGGCUGCUCCGCAGAUACGGCCGGGACAAGGUGAUGUUCUCCUUCGAGGCCGGCAGGCGCUGUGAUUCGGGACCUGGAAACUUCACCUUUGAGACCAAGCAGGGCAACGAGAUCUUCCGCCUGGUGGAAGCCUCCAUCCAGGAGCAGAAGGCGCAGGUGGAGGAGAACCGGCAGAGCUGCGACUCGCUGGAAGCCGACAGCCCCGGCAUGGUGCAGAUCCGCCAGGCCCUGGCCGACAGCCUGAGCCUGGAGCUGCCCGCCGAGGGGGACGACGGCCCCAAAGCCGGGCCGGCGCCCAGGGCGGCGGCGGCGGAGGAGAGAGACGCCGCCUCGGUGCUGAAGAGCCGGACUCUGCCCGAGCCGCCCGUGCCGCCGGCCAAGCCCGCCGUGUCCAGCACCCCCCCGCGCUCCCCUCUGCCCAAGGGGCUCCGCGCGGUGCCGCCGGCCGAGGACCUGUCCAGCGUCUACGGGGGGGGGGGGGGGGGGGGGGGGGGGGGGCGGCCGCCGGUGCCGCCGUACUCGGGCCCGUACGAGCAGGUGCGGCCCGAGGGCCAGGGCAGGGCCGAGGGCCAGGGCAGGGCCGAGGGCCGUGGCCAGGCUGCCCCUGGGCACAAGGAGCACAUCUACGACGAGCCCGAGGGCCGCGCCCCGCGCUCGCUGCGCCCCUUCGCCUACAUCUACGACGAGGCGCGGCCCACCAGCGAGGCCUGGCGCACGCAGGGCCACGACGGCAAGGGCGGCUACGAGUACCCCUACAACCCCUGCACUGACGAUUACUCGGUACCCACCUUCCCCGCCAAGGCCAAGAGCCCCAAGCCGGUGCCGGCCCCCAAGCCCCAGGCAGCCUUUAUCCCCAAAGGGGCAGAGAGGGUGGAGGAUCCCGGCCGGCGAUGGGGCGGCGCCGGCCCUGAGAAGGUGCUCGCCAAACCCGGCCUCAACAGCAGCAACAACAACAACGUGGAGGUGCUGUACAGCCAGGUGGUGAAGCCCCAGCAGCUGCAGAAGAAGGAGCAGUGUGUGGAUGAGUACAGCUUGUCGCCUCUCUAUGAGGACUUAGGGGAGAUAUAAGGGGACUGGGCAUCCCAGUGCCUUCCCCAGGGUGACUUGGGGCUGUUUGGGCUCACCAGUGCUGAGAUGCUGUGUUUCCCCGGAGGGAAACAGCAAGAGCAAGAGAUCUGUGGCUGGUGCAAGCCUCAGAGUGUUUCUCCAGUGUCUUCUGAUCUGCAGGAGGGCUGGUAUUUUCCUGUAUCUGCUGCUCUGGCUCUGCUCUGGCUUCCUGUCUGACCAGGCUGCAGGGCUCUGGUGCCUGUUGUGGUGUGUGGAAGGCUGCUUGCCAUCAGUCUCCAGAAGUAUUUUUAUAGAAAGUUAUUUUAA